AUGGCGACCCCUUCGAAGCACAGCAGUCGAUACGACGAAAAUAUUGAUGAGUUCCAAAUGACACCUGCGUACUUUCGGGAAAACCCCGUCAGAUGUGACAAGCUUGGUGGCGGCUGUAAUAAACGUUUCGCGGACGUGAUCGAAAUGAAGCUGCACAAGUUUGAGCAGCCCGAUCAUUUCUAUUGCAAGACCUGUGACGUGGACUGCGAGAGCUACGAUGCCUUGACACAACACAAAGUCGACGUGAUGGCGCCGUACAUUGAGAAGAGGGUUCGGCCGAGUGAAGUCAAGCCGAAACACAUCGUUUGCGAAUUUUGUGGCAGAGAUUUCCCUACUUUUGGGGGCAGAAAGCUGCACCGGCAGCAGGUUCACCCAGCCCAACAGGAUCUUGUCUGCCUGGCAAGGGCAUGCCAAGGACAUUUUGUGCGAGCUGCGGAUCUCGUCAAACACUGGGAGGAGGAUCGUUGCCCCGGCAUCAGUCGAUAUCAAUUCCUUGUCGCCAUUCAGCAGAAGCAUAUCAUGCGUCAGAUCAUGGUCGACCCGAGAAACUUCAUCAACAAGCGAUACGGCGAGGCAGACGAUAAUGCGACAGAGAGUUCGCUGAUGAGCCACCACAGUGGUGAUCAAAAGGUGGGUUCUGGAGCGCUACAAGCGCCACUCCAGAGAAACAGAGAUAAUCAAAAGAAAGCAGCAGAUUUGCUGGAAGACAAAGUGGAGAGCUGGCCCGGGUUACCAAACGCAAUACAGGCACGACCACGCAAAUGCUAUGAGCUUGUGAGUCGGCAGGGACAAUCUCUGCAGACGACCUCUGGCCAUGGUGGAAAAUCAUACGCGGACAUGGUGGACUGUUGGUCUUCGACAUCCAGCGUGACUCGAGAUCAAUUAAGCGAGACGAUGGGACGAUCGAUACUGCACGAGCAUUCGCCCUCGACGGCAAAAAUCGGCAGUGCCACUGGUCUUCGUCCAUGGCAGAGUCGAGCUGGAGAAUCUUCCCAAAGCCUUCAUUCAAGGUCGACCAAUGAUGCACUUAGUCAAUCUGAACGUUCACUAGCUCCUGUUCCCAAGGGUCAAGAUCUGAUGACAGCCCGAUGGUGGGACAAGACCAGAACUCAAGAGUAUAACCUCGAAACCUUUCACAAUCCAAUCGAGAACAGGUACAGGUGCCCUUUCGCAGACUGUGAACGCGAGUUCAAUUGGGAAGAUGAGUUGGCGAUCCACAUUCAGGAAUGGCACGCCAAAGUACAGUUCCGUUGUCUGUGCGUCAAAUUAUUCAAAACGGCCGCGGCAUUGGUCGCACACAGUGAGAGUCCUGGAUCCAAGUGUAAUGCGAGCAAGGAUCCAGCUUUUCGAGAAAUGAUCCAUUUGAUGACGGGAGGCUUUCUUCAGGCGCAUACAGUCGAACAACCCGGGAUCUUACCCGUGAACACUCACAGUCAAGCGCUUACACUUCGGCGCGGCGCCGCUUAUGGGGUGAUGGAAACAAACACGUUCGGUGAGAGAGUGGCCUUGGUCGAGAUAUCGGUGCCGUCGGACACAAGUUCCUCCCAUCGACCGUUGUUUAGCUGCACUCGAUCCAGCACAGAGUCUCCCGAUCAAGCGCAGCGUCAGGCCUCGUCUUCAGACACACACCUGCCCAGGUGCAUAUACAUACGCUUGAUAGGAGGCAACUAUGGGAACUUGGGUAACGCCGCCGCAAUCCUUUCAGGUUUGUGCUCUUCUCGAGCUAACAAUCCUGAGGUGUCGUGGGUGUUGACAACGGCGCCCUGUGCUGAUCUGCAGGACAAGCCACGACUACAUUUUGUGGUCAUGACGAUACUGAAAGCCGACAGCCGUCAGUACGUGUACGUGUACGAGUACGAGUCCGCGUGUUGUCGUGUAGGGGAUCUUAUCCUCGAUGAUACAUCAAUCAACAUCACCCCCAUGAAGAACGACUGCGUUUCGAACACACGGCUAUCGAAUUGCCCCAGGCCCGGCGAAGUGAACACCGAAACCAUGUCAAACGGAAACGGUGGGGUCGCGCCAGACAGGCGACCGAGUUCGCUCAUGCGAGCCUACCAUGAGAUCCCUCUGUCUGCACAAUACACAUCACCGGUCUCAAAUGGACCAGAUGCAACGCAGGCACAAAGAUGCAGCAGCCCGGUCACGCUCCCACUCAAUCUCAUUUUAUUGAUCAUAUCAUACUUGGACGAGAUUGGAGAUAUUGCUCGAGCGACCAGGACUUGCCGGUUGCUGUACUAUAUGACCCUGCCACAACUCUACGAAAGCGUCAACCUCAGCACCACUGCUCGACCGCGCAAUGGCCCGCUCAAUAAGGUCACGCGACAUGGAAUCGGAAGUCCAUUCAUGAUGGCUCUGAACGGACUGAUAUCGAAUCCGCACGCAGCCCUCGUCAAGCAGUUCCGACUUCGAGGCAAAUGGCAGGAGUCGAAUGCAACCAACGGGAAUCGGGAAUCAAACUCAGACGGGCGAGUGUCUGACAGUACCAUGAUGCUGAACAUCAUUACGCGCAGCAUCGCCGCUCGAAUGUCUAAGCUACAGUCAAUCGCAUGGGAGUUGCAAGACUGCUUGCCCCUAACGACCAUGUACCAAGGCAUCGCAUCACACAGCACGCUGACGCGCCUGACGAUACGAUUCCCUUCACCUCAAUCCGCACCGCGAGUUGUGACGAUUGUGCCGCCCAUGCCAAAUCUCCGAGCCUUCACAGCUCUCGAAAUUGAUCCAGAGGGAAAUCCGGACGACUUCAGUAAAAUGCUCUUGGAGUCGCGGAAACUUGAAGAUCUGCGCUUUCAUUUCACAUCACGCAUACGCCGCCAAGGCUUCCCCAUCAUUGACUUCGAAGGCAUGUUCUGGCGACUCUGUCGACAGGCGGGAUACACGCUGCGCUUGAAGCACUUUGCAUUACAGAACUUUGUAGCGAAGGGAAAGUUGACCAUAGAGCCGGGUUUGUUCGACGUGGAGACCCUACAGAGCGUGUGCAUACUGGAUAGUUUCGGGGAGGGCGAAAAUGAGUUUCGCGCAUUUCUCUCCGCUGAAGAACCACAACAUGUUGACGUUGGCAAAAUCGAUACCAAUUUUCGGAAGAUGCGAUGCAAUGAGGUGUUGCCCCAAUUUGUGGCAGCUUUAAGACGGCGUCCCCAAUCUAUACAUAGUUUCAUUAUGGUUGGCACCAAAAAGUCUCGCAGAGUACGACAAAGAAGCCAGACGAGCUCCACAAGCAGCUCCAACACCACCGCUAGCAACCCUCCUUCACCAUCAUGGGAUCCUGCUGCUCUCACGCGUGUGUACUUACAAGCGCUCACUCAGAUACAGGGCGCCUCCCUUCGAAUCUUGCUGCUCUCGGACGAGUUCGAGCUGUCCAAGGAACAACUCGGUAACGUGGUCCGCUGCUGCCCCAAUUUGGAGCAAUUCGGUUUCGGGCUCGACGACCCCGAUCACAACCUCGUACGGAUAUUGAUGCCAUUCCUCACCAAAUUGCAAUGCAUGCGCAUCUUGGACAAUGAUCAGUCGCAGGAGCACAUGAGAGUUGUGAGCGACGAGGAUCGCAUGAUGACGAUGAGCACUGCCGUCGCUCGUGUUGGUAACACGAGCGUAAAAUACGUCGGAGUCGCUCAGACGCUAUAUCGCAUCGGAGGAAUGAUCGAAUAUCUGACGGAGGAUGGAACGCCAGAGAUGAGACGGAUCAUAACGCGGGCUGAUCUUGCCGAAGUACAAAAAUAUGCACUUUGGGGCUCAGACUGUCUCGACAUCGCGGCGGACGAGUAUGGGCCGUUCUCAACAUGA